CGUAUGUCAACGUCCUAAAAACAACGUCUUCCCAGUAACAAAAUUUUAGAGAUUUUGAAAGACAAUUGGUCAUGAUAGACAAAUUUUAUCCUGGGACAUUUUGAUAAUUUGGUCAUGGUAGAAGAGACAGAAAAGAAAAAGGGGAGUAGAAGAGAGCCCGAGUUCAAGACCAAUGCUUUCCGCUGGGGACAUGGCAGCAAGUACUGGGACAACGUCAAGGUGCACCCAGAAUCAGGUUGCAGAAUGACAGACACCAACACCCUGCAUGAAGAAAACAACCCCUGCAUAAAGGAGUACAACCUCUCCAUGAAAUGUUUGUAUGAGAGGGUCAUGGACAGGGAGUCCUGUGGGCUAUAUUUCGAUAACUACAGGAUAUGCAAGACGUUCUGGACGCGCGUCAUUAGGGAUAGGAGGAGAAAGGGGAUAUUACCCAUAGUGCCACCUGUGAGCGAGAGGGAGAAGGUCAAAAAGGAAUAUUUAGGGACGAAAGGUUUCGAGUUGUAGAGGGAAAUUUUAUUUCUUUUUUUCUAGUAUGCUACCAAUGGCAAAACAGAUCACAUUCAAUGGUCUUUCAUAUCCUACUGAGGUAGGGUAUAUUUGUAAUGGGAAAGAGAAUAAAAGGUUUCCUCUUAGUUUUGCUAACAUGGGAAUUUAUUAGGAAUGUUCUUAUGCAUAGGUUGUAUAGGAAAUAAAACUUUGUUUGUGAUAUAUCAAAUAAAUCUUUAUUUGUGAUAUA